AAACCCUCUCUUUUAGUUCAUCAUACACCUCACUAAUUAGGAGCCCACAAGCAUUUCCCAAAUGGCAAUCCUGAUGAAUAGCAAGUUGUUCUUCCUCGCUUCCAUCUUCAUUCUGGGAGCUCUGGCUUCUCAAGCCAUGGCACGCUCUGCCCCUCACGAGGCCGCCAUGCGCCUUAGGCACGAGCAAUGGAUGGCUCGUUAUGGGCGAGUUUACGGGAGUGCCAACGAGAAGGAGGCACGAUUCCAGAUAUUCAAGGACAAUGCAGAUAUCGUCGACUCGUUCAAUGCCGCCAGAGACAAGCCUUACAAGCUAGGUACCAACCAGUUUGCUGAUCUCACGAACGAGGAGUUCAGAGCAACUAGGAACAGGUUCAAGGGCCACAUGUGUUCGGCGCAGCAAGGACCCUUCAGGUACGAAAACGUGACCGCAGUGCCCACCACCAUGGACUGGAGGAAGAAGGGAGCCGUCACUCCAAUCAAAGAUCAGGGUCAGUGCGGAAGCUGCUGGGCGUUUUCAGCUGUUGGGGCCAUGGAAGGAAUCACUCAGCUUAGUACCGGCAAAUUGGUAUCCCUUUCGGAGCAAGAAUUGGUUGACUGUGACACCAAAGGAGACGACCAAGGUUGCAAUGGCGGGUUGAUGGACGAUGCUUUCAAAUUCAUCAUCCAGAACAAGGGUUUGACCACUGAGAGCAACUAUCCGUACAGUGCUGCCGAUGGAUCCUGCAGUGCUAGCAAAGAAGGCAACCACGCGGCUACGAUCAAAGGGUAUGAAGAUGUCCCUGCCAACAGCGAAUCCGCAUUGCUGAAGGCGGUAGCUAGUCAACCGAUUUCGGUGGCAAUUGAUGCAGGGGAUUCCUCGUUUCAGCUCUACGAGAGCGGGAUAUUCACUGGAGAAUGUGGGACUGAAUUGGACCAUGGAGUGACCGCUGUCGGAUAUGGUGAGAGCGGCGGGAUGAAGUACUGGCUGAUCAAGAACUCCUGGGGAGCUCAAUGGGGAGAGGAAGGAUACAUCCGAAUGCAGAGAGAUAUUCCUGCAAAGGAAGGCAUAUGCGGCAUUGCGAUGCAAGCUUCUUACCCCACUGCCUAAAAUCGAAGCUUUUACUAUACAAUUAGCAUGCAUGCAAUACUACUUAAUGCAUAUAUUUAUGCUUGUAAGAUAGCUUUGUGAAGUACUUUAUGUAACUACGUAAUUGUUGAUGUUGUUCUUCACUGUUCUCCGGAGAGCCAUUGGUAUGGCUUCUAUGUCUCUACGUUCAAGAUACUUUAUUCUGUAAAUCAAUAAAUCCAUAUGUAUAGUAGUCAAGAACUCAAUAUGUUCCUUUUGCUGGAUUCUCUCUCUUUCUAUUGCAUUUCUGGUUUGAAAAAAGCCUCAAUCCUUAUCUUACUAGGCAUAGGAUUGAUACUCCAUCUUUUAAACCUAAGUUUUUGGACCAAUGGGAUCAUAUCCAAUAAUUUAAAAGUCAACAU